CCCGGCGAUGAGCAGGGGCCACGGGAUUCAGGGGGCCACUGAAGAAAUGGGAGGGGCAAUUUGGAGAGAAAAUGUCUGAAUCAUUUGGACAGGGAGGAGGGGGCAGGAGGAGCCGAAGGGAGAACGACGGAGCUCCAGCUGAGCGGAGCAUUCCCCACUGUUGAAGGCGAGGGAAACGGUGCGCUCCGAGCGGCGGCUGGGGGGUGUCUCGCCCCGAGGCGAAAGGAGGCUCUACUGCAGCCCCUCUCCAGGGCACCUCGGCUCAGGCGCGCCUCUUUCCUCCGCGCUGGCUCCGCCUGCCUCCAAGCUGCCUCCUCCUCGGCUCGGCAUCGCCUCCAGUCCGCCUGCUGCCUACCUGAAGCGUCCAGCCCGCCCAGGCAGGUGGCAAGAGGCGAGGAGCUGCCGCGCCCCGGGAUCAUGCCCGACCCCGCUUCCCUCCAGCCUGUCUGGCUCCAGCUCGGAGGGUGAGGCUGAAGGCUCGCUCAGGACUUCUAACAGUCAUCUAUCUUGGAGGCAUCUUGCAUAGAGUUUUUAGUAGAAUGGAAAGUCUGAAUGAGCUCCAGAACCCUCUGUUAGCCAAGAACAAUGGACACCUCCAUGGCAGUUAUACUUUCCACCAGCACAGCCACCAGGACUAUGCUAGCCAUCGUUGUCCAGGCAAACUGUAUUCUUAUAUCUUCCAAAACUCUGGCAAUGCAAGGACUCACCAGCUGCUAGAUGCCAGUUCUCUACAGCUGGCUGUUGAAGCAUUGUAUGGUCCAAAUUUUAUCCUGGUGAAAGAUGAGACCAGUGUCAAAGUCAAGGACAACAAAGUUGAGAGUUGUGAGACAACCUUCAUGGAAAACAAAGAGCCCUCCAUUGAACCUUCUGAUGGGCAGGAAACACAAGGACGAUCCCUUAUGGAGAAUGACAUCAAAAUCCAGACAGUGUCCUAUGAAGUGGAGGAAGAAGAAUUCCAGGAAUAUGAAAGUGACUCCUCAAGUGACAGUGAGAGUGAAGAUCAUUUUCUGAUGCUCCCACCUCGAGACCACCUGGGCUUGGCCAUUUUCUCAAUGCUUUGCUGUUUCUGGCCUCUGGGAAUCGCUGCCUUCUAUUUUUCUCAAGGGACCAGCAAAGCAGUCUCCAAAGGGGACUUCCACUUGGCCAGUUCAGCUUCCCGACGAGCUCUGUUCCUUGCUGCCCUCUCCAUCACUAUUGGCACAGGAGUAUAUGUUGGAGUGAUUGUCGCACUGAUUGCUUACCUAUCUAAAGGUGGCCAUGUAUAGGAAAGGUCUUUGUACAAAAGCUCGUCUCUCAUCACCUGAUGGACAAUCCUCUUGGACUGGGUACUUCCCUAUGAAAUACAGCACACCAUGUUUAUGAGAUACUCUCUUUGCACAGAUAAAUGUGCUCCGAGAUACUGUGUAGGCACAUUCCUUUUUCCAGUGAACUAUAGAUGGUGACCUACUAACAAGUUUUUAAAAAAUGCCCUUUGGCAUGAAAGAUAGCACAGUCUAAAUAGCCUGAAGUCUGAGACUUUUGGAAAGAAAAAAGGUGUAAGGGGUAUUUUCUUUUCUUUUUCUUUAAAAUGUUGUCUGCAGGGUGUUUUCAAAGCAAUGUGCUUGUGUGCUAGGCCUGUGACCUGUGAAGUUCAGUCAUGUGUUGGAUCCAAGGCCCUGUCUGACUCCAGGGCACAAAGUGAAAAGCAGAGGAGAAGGUUCAGUUCAUUGGAAGCCUUUCCAUUGGGAGACAGGAUAGAGAUUUGAACAGUGGUGGCAAACAGAAUUUGUUAGGAACGCUGAGGAUAAUCUUUAUGCCAGUAUCAAAUGAUUAUAAUUCACCCUUGGGUCAUUACAUGCCACAUGAAGCCAACUUUGAUCCAUGUUCUCUUCCAGGUUCGCAUAGCCUAUCAGCCAGCAACUUGUGUACCAGGCUUUCCCUACGGCUUCAUCUUAUAUCAACGAAAUGUUGGGAGAGGCACCAUUUAGUAUCACUUCCAUCUUGAGAUGCAUAUCUGUUCUAAAUAAGAUAAUGAAAAAGAGUUUUGUGUGUUGUUUGUUAUAGUGAUUAGAAAUGUCCUCAAGGACCUUCUAGUUUUAAUUUUGUUUCUAGUAACAUGCUGUACAAUGUUACACCAGGUAGCUUUAAAGUGAGCAUUAUGAAAUGGAAAAGUCAUCAAGAAGAAGAGUUGGAUUUAUACCCCACCUUUCUCUCAUGUAAGAAGUCUCAAAUCAGCUUAUAAACUCCUUCCCUUCCGCUCCCCACCACAAACACCUUGUGAGGUAGG